UGUAUGAGAAGAUACUUUCUCUUCCUUCUCUGAAAGUUGAAGCUGUUUUUACUUUCAAAAUUUCCAGUUCAAUUGCUGCACGACAAAAUACAAAAAAAAAAGAAAAUGCAUCCAAUGGAAUCAGGUGUCGAUGAACGGCCAAAAAAUGUAGCGACCACCUUACCACAUACUGCGUAAGAUACUCCACCAAAUCAGUCGCAACUCUUCAGCGAUGUUUCAGUGCAAAGUCCCCGACAGAUUGGUCAAUCUUGUUUUCAUCGUUUUGAUACUGCACACGGUUGUUGACCACUGCACCGCAUGGCCCGUCCUCAGUGGAUCACCAGAGCUGAGUCACUUCAAUGGAGCCAUAGCGCGAACCGACAUAACCUGUGCCCGGCGAGUGAUUGGGAAAGGAACCGCUCUUCCCGUGAACGUGUAUUUUGCGACGCCGCUAACAAUCACGGCCUAUUCAGCGGAAGCGACCGAAUACAGUAAGCAAGGAUUUACGCUAGGCAUCGGGAACGGAGGUCUCAAUAAGAAUUCGAUCAGUUUGAACGUUGGUGGACCGAUUAGUGUGCUGCCGUACGCAGUGGAGGUUUCUUUCUACUGUGCUGCUCCUCCUCCUGCAGGAUGAGACAUUUGUUGGAAAUAAGUAUAGUGCUGAAGAGAAUAUUGUCAAUGUUUAAUAUCGGAUAAAAUCAUAUAAUUUGUAUGAAUAAUUUGUAUGAAUAAA